AUGAGUUUUCCAACACUAAUCGCGCCAUAAUGCCAAUACCGUAUAUCGUAUAAGUAAGACAGUUUACUAUUGCAUUUUUAUUAUGCUUUUUUUUAUAGAAUCGUGUGCAAAAACCUGUGAAUUAUCUUAGAAGUCGAAUGUUUUGAUGAGUAGACUGGAAAGAAACAUGCCUUAUGAAAAAACUAAGCUACUUUCCACUAGAGAAUUGGGGUGUUUGAAAAGAACACAUGUUGAGGCUUUUGAUGAUGAGGAUACUGAAAAUGUUCAGCCCUUCAAACAAAUUCAUAUAUAUGCUGAUGAUUCGCUUGAAACAUCAUCUUCAGAACAUUCUCGAAGUCCUCUAUCAAUAUAUGAGAUUUCCUCUCUUGAAAGUCCACCAAAUGUCUUUUCCUUGUUUGCCAGAAAUACUAAAGGAAAUGUGAUGCUAAACGACCAUAAACGAAAUGUUUUAUGGGAAAAAUUUCUUCCGAUUCCAUGCGGUAACGAACGAUGCACGGUUGAAACACCACUACCUGUUUUUACCUGGGCAGAGUCGGAGGAAGUUUGGCAAGCAAUGUGCAUGAAAGACCAACAAAGCAAAAAUGAAAGAAAUCCUGAUAUGUUUGACUCCCAUCCAGGGAUUCAACCAAGAAUGAGGGCCAUUCUCUUUGAUUGGCUUAUUGAAGUUUGUGAUGUUUAUAAACUUCAUAGGGAAACUUACUAUUUAGCUGUAGAUUAUAUUGACAGAUAUUUAUCUGGACCUAGAAAAGUAUUAAAAAGUCAAUUGCAAUUAAUAGGAAUUACUUGUUUGUUUAUUGCUGCCAAAAUUGAAGAGAUUUAUCCUCCAAAGAUAUCUGAGUUUGCCUAUGUUACAGACACUGCAUGUACUGAUGAGGAAAUUUUGGGACAAGAAAUAAUAAUUUUAAAGGCCUUAAAAUGGAAUAUAACACCAAUAACAAUUGUCGGAUGGCUUAGUGUUUAUAUGCAAUUGUCAACUUCUUUGAGGAACACUGUUUCCAAGGAAGAUAAGGAACAAAAGUUGUCAAAUGUUCAAGAUUCUUUCAUUUUGCCACAAUUUUCUGGCAUAGAAUUUUCCCAGAUUUGCAAAUUAUUAGAUCUCUGUUCAAUGGAUAUUGUUAUGGCAUCAUUUUCCUACAGUGUUAUUGCAGCAUCUGCCAUGGCCCUUACGUUCAACAAAACACAUGCAAUGAAUAUUUCAGGUUUCUCAUGGAGCAAUUUAGAACCUUGUGUAAUAUGGAUGUCCCCAUACUUUGAAAUAAUAGCAGAAGAAACAACAAUGCCAUCAGUUAGAAUACUGACUGACGCUAUUCAAAAGAGUUCAGGAUUGAAGCACAUAUGUCCAAAUUUAGUUGUAGAUGAAUCACAUACUCUACAAACACAUGUCACAUCUAUUGAUAUGUUUGACACAGUGCAGCUCAGAUUACAAGAACCAACAACAUUUCUAAUAGAAAGGUCGCCUGCACCUAUGCAGUCAUCAAAGGGUGCUUCAGGAUUGUUAACACCUCCAGCUUCUAGUAGAAAGUUAAUAGAGAGUGCAACUUCAUUAUAAAUUUGUGUACUUUAGUGUUUAGUGCAUAUGAAUAGACUAUGAUAGAUAAUAGUUGAAUAUUGACAAUAAACUUAUAACCAUUAGUGCCUCAGUAUACAUAUAUCAUACAAAUGAACAAAAUUCCAAGUUGAUCUGUUUUUAUGUUUAUUUAAUUUUAGUGAUAAUUUAUUAUGUAAUUAAUUGAAAAAGACUGUGCUUUAUAAUACACAGAUGUGAAUUGCAUGUGCUGUAUAUAUUUAUAUAUAUUGUGUGCAUAUAUAUGUAUACAUAUUAGGGCGGGUUGAUUAAAAAUGCGCUUAGGCACAUGCGAUUUUCAGUUUCUUGGGAUCCAAAUAAGAAACUUUGCUCAAGAAACCAUGCUUCUAAAAUGAAUUCUGAUGUCUCGUGAAUUGACCUUGAACUAAAGGUAAAGGUUAAAUUUAGACCUAUUAGGAGUGCACUGGUCGCAUCCAAAUGUAAAUGUAUGAUUGACAUUCAAUUAAAUGUAUUGAUAGAAAAUGUGGGAGCCGUGCGAAAUUUUACAGGCUUGAAACCACAAGACUUCAAGCAAUAAUACUAUAUAAAUUUCUUUUGUAUUACUUAGUUCAAUUGAGUUUUUCAUUUUCCUAUGUAAUCAUUAAAUAAAUUUUGUAAUAAAAAUUAUUUGCUGAAUUUUGUCAUCUCAAGUGCCAAAUAUGAUUUUUUUUGUAAUUUUUUGUAUGAUGGACCUCUCAGGGGUCCCAUUGGGUAAAACACAGGCAUUGGUGGAUUGGCCUUUCAAAGUUAGUGGGUAUACAUUAUAUAAACAUUUGGACGCGAUUGGGGCACACCAAAUGGUCAAAAUGAUAUUUUUCAUAAUUUAACUUUCACCUUUGGGUCAAUGCACAGGACAUCAGAAUUCAUUUUAUCGGUAUGAUUUCUUAAGCAAAGUUUCUCAUUUUGAUCUUUAGAAUCCAUAAAUCAUAAGUGCCAAAGCGAUAUUUUUUGUCCAAUACAAAUCGAU